AUUAUAUUAGAACAAGUACAUUUGCUUAAUAAAGAUCGAGUUUUUUUUUUUUUUCUUUUUUUUUUCGUGUGGCUGAGGUAUUUUUUUAGGGUUUAUCAACAAGAAGUGACGGAAGAUGACGUCAUUACCCGGCGAAGAGAAGGAUGCGAUGAGAAUGUCUUCUUCCUUGGGCGGCUACAACAUCAACUCCGUCGAGAACAACACCGUAACCCCGGUGGAGAAACCCAGAAUCACCGACCCGUUUUCCGGCGGAUCCAAGCCCAAGCCCGGCGGCGCGAACCACCCGAGGAUCAGCUACCGUGAAUGCCUGAAGAACCACGCCGCCAACAUCGGCGGCAACGUCACCGACGGCUGCGGCGAGUUCAUGCCCAGCGGCGACGACGGAACCCUCGAGGCACUAAAAUGCGCCGCCUGCGGCUGCCACCGCAACUUCCACCGCAAGGAACACCACCACCCCCACGGCGGCGGCGAGUCCGCCACCGCCGGUGCCAUGGUCCACCCACUACAGCUCCCGCCUCCGCUCCCUUCCCCUUCCAUGAGCCAGCACCGCGCCGGCGGCGGCGCCCACCACUGGAGCGCGAUGGUCCAGCCGGUGAAGAUGGCCUACGGCAGCGGCGGCGGCGGCGCCGGAAGCGCCGGCACCGACUCCUCCAGCGAGGAGCUGAACUUCAACACCUACCACUCCAGCGGGGUAGCUCCUCCGCCGCCGCAGUUCGUCACCAAGAAGCGGCACCGCACGAAGUUCACGACGGAGCAAAAGGGCAAGAUGCUGGAGCUGGCGGAGAAGCUCGGGUGGCGGAUCCCCAGAGAAGAUGACGCAGAGGUGCAGAGGUUCUGCGCAGAGUUUGGGGUUAAAAGACAAGUUUUCAAAGUUUGGAUGCACAAUAACAAGAGUUCUUCCUCCUCCAAGAAAAAUCCCCAAGAAUUAAUUUGAGCUUACUUGGAGGACUAAAUCAUAAAUUUAAAUAAUCUAUAGUUUAGCAAUGGCAUUUUAGUGUAGUAAGAUUUAGGCAUUAUGCAUGCUUUUCUAGAAAUAAUUAAUAUUAUUUAGUAAGAACUUUCCCUAUUCAAAUUUCUUUAAUUAGAAUUUAUGGAUGUAAUUUCCUAGUAUUUUUUUUUUUAAUUUUUGUUUUUAUUAUUAUUUAUUUAUUUUUCUUUAAUUUCUUAGUGUCUUAAUUAUAACUUCAUGUUCUUAAAUGUUUGGGAUUCAUGAGUUCUGGACAAAAUUCAAGAGGAAUGUUUCAUAUU